GUCGCGGCGCGCUGCACGCCGGGCGUCGUCGUUCUCGGAGCCGCGUCGUCGGCGCUCGGCAGAAGGGGCGCGGCGUUGAAGCUUCUGAAGGCGCCCACCACCUUCUCGCGUCGCUACGCGCCCGUUCCCGAGUGAAUUCCUGCCCCGUCGCGUUGCGUUGAAGCCUCUGCGUCCUUCCGCAGCUGCCGUAAGUCCCCGCGCCUCGCAGCGCCCUGCAACCGGUUUGAGCCUCCGCGCCCGCCGUAGGCCGCCGCCUGUCAGCUGCCGCCGCCUUUGUGGAGCUGGCGGAAGCGGAGCGGGCGCUGGGCCGAGCCGAGGGCGGAGGGCGCGGAGCUGAGCUGAGCGGAACCCUCCGGCAGUGUUUCAGUCAUGUCUGACAAAAGUGAACUGAAGGCGGAGUUGGAGCGCAAGAAGCAGCGAUUGGCUCAGAUCAGAGAGGAGAAGAAAAGAAAGGAGGAAGAAAGAAAGAAAAAAGAAACCGAUCAGAAGAAGGAUGUUCUUCCUGUACAAGAAGAAUCUGACCUUGAAAAGAAAAGAAGAGAAGCUGAAGCGUUACUUCAGAGCAUGGGCUUGACACCGGAGUCUCCUGUUGCUGUGCAACCUCUGCGAGUAGUAACAGCGGAUACCUGUCUGUUUCACUAUUUAGUCCCUCCUCCUACCUCUCCGUCUUCCAAAUCCGUGAGUACGCCAAGCGAGGCUGGGAGCCAGGACUCCGGUGAUGGCGCCGUUGGAUCCAGGACGCUGCAUUGGGAUACUGAUCCAUCAGUUCUUCAGCUCCACUCUGAUUCCGAUCUGGGACGUGGACCUGUUAAACUUGGAAUGGCCAAAAUCACACAAGUUGACUUUCCUCCUCGGGAAAUUGUUACAUAUACGAAGGAGACACAAACACCUGUUAUGACUCAGCCGAAGGAAGAUGAGGAAGAAGAAGAUGAUGUGGUUGCGCCAAAGCCGUUAGUUGAGCCUGAGGAAGUAAAAACAUUCAAAAAGGAAGAGGAGGAGGAAGCUGCCCCUCACGAACUUACGGAAGAGGAAAAGCAACAAAUUUUGCAUUCUGAAGAGUUUUUAAGUUUCUUUGACCACUCUACAAGGAUUGUUGAAAGAGCCCUUUCUGAGCAAAUCAAUAUUUUCUUUGACUACAGUGGAAGAGACUUAGAAGACAAAGAAGGGGAGAUUCAAGCAGGAGCAAAACUGUCCUUAAAUAGGCAGUUUUUUGAUGAACGUUGGUCAAAGCAUCGUGUUGUCUGUUGUUUGGACUGGUCGUCUCAGUACCCAGAACUACUUGUUGCCUCUUACAACAACAACGAGGAUGCACCUCAUGAGCCGGAUGGAGUGGCCCUUGUGUGGAAUAUGAAGUACAAGAAAACUACCCCAGAAUACGUGUUUCACUGCCAGUCAGCAGUAAUGUCAGCUACAUUUGCAAAAUUUCAUCCCAAUUUGGUGGUUGGUGGCACAUACUCGGGCCAGAUUGUGCUAUGGGAUAAUCGCAGCAAUAAGAGAACUCCAGUGCAGAGAACUCCACUUUCAGCUGCUGCUCACACGCACCCAGUCUACUGUGUAAAUGUUGUUGGGACCCAGAAUGCUCAUAACUUGAUCAGUAUCUCAACUGAUGGGAAGAUAUGCUCUUGGAGCCUAGACAUGCUUUCCCAGCCACAGGAUAGCAUGGAGCUGGUUCACAAACAGUCCAAGGCUGUGGCUGUUACUUGCAUGUCCUUCCCUAUUGGAGAUGUCAACAACUUUGUUGUUGGAAGUGAAGAAGGCUCAGUCUAUACUGCAUGCCGUCAUGGGAGCAAAGCUGGAAUCAGUGAGAUGUUUGAAGGACACCAGGGACCAAUCACAGGUAUCCACUGCCAUGCAGCAGUUGGACCUGUAGACUUCUCACAUCUUUUUGUCACCUCUUCUUUUGACUGGACAGUAAAGCUUUGGACAACGAAGAAUAACAAACCUCUCUACUCAUUUGAAGACAACUCAGAUUAUGUUUAUGAUGUUAUGUGGUCUCCAACGCACCCUGCCCUGUUUGCCUGUGUGGAUGGGAUGGGCCGGCUUGACCUAUGGAAUCUCAACAAUGACACUGAGGUGCCAACUGCAAGCAUUACUGUAGAGGGCAAUCCUGCUCUGAACCGUGUGAGAUGGACACAUACUGGGAGAGAAAUUGCUGUCGGUGACUCAGAGGGACAAAUAGUUAUAUACGAUGUGGGAGAGCAAAUUGCAGUUCCUCGCAGUGAUGAGUGGACUCGGUUUGGCCGAACACUGGCAGAAAUAAAUGCCAACAGAGCUGAUGCAGAAGAGGAAGCUGCAACCCGCAUCCCAGCAUAGAUCUCAGAAAAUGGGCAGCAGUGGUAGACUUGUGAAUGAUUUGAUGCAAAUCUUAGAAGUAUAAGCAAGUGUCAGUAAUAGCUUAAGGGAGGCAUAUGUGGAUUCAACCAUGGACUUGAAAAACGUGUUAUGAUCACUGAAAAUCAGAUCUUGCAUUGUUAACUUUUUAUAUAUAACUUACAAGCACAUCAUUUGAUUUGUGUAAUUUUUAAUACAGUUAACUUUGAUUUCGCAAGGAACUUCUUUUGCUGAAACACUAACCUGGUGUAAAUUUGCCGUUUAGCUUCUGAAAUCUUCACUUUAUAAACGGUAUGUUUCUGAAAAGUAGAAAUUGUAUCUAAACCAGUUCUGUUUCUAAACUAAACUUUCUAUAUUACACAGAUUAGCCUUCAUGAGGUAUUAAGUUUCUGAAGGGUUCUUUAAUUCAGACUGCCAAUGGGUAUGCAUGCGUAUGUUCCAAGUAGGUUUCACUGCUUAUAUAGAGAUAAGCUUCAGACUCUGGUAGUGAGUAAUAGGAGUGAAUAAAAUUUGUCUGUAGUUACAAUUCAUUUGAUAAUUGGACCAGAAUUGACGAAAUACAUAUUUAAUAACAAUAAUAACUUCUUUUGUCUUGAAUUGGUGCAUUAAAGGGUGAGACUGAUUCAUAAAUAAAUAUUAUAUGAGCUGCCCUGACCCCCAGUCUGUCUCCCUGCAGUAGCUUCAGAGUAGAACGUUGCCAGGAGCUGCUGCCUGCCUUCACUUAUACUGCAUAUGUCAGUUUUGUGCUCCCAGCCUUCACUUCCUUUCAUGGCAGUUGGCUAAAACAAGGAAGGCCACUCAUGUCAAUUUUUUCCUUUCCAAAGCACGAUGAGCUAUAUUUUUGAAUUGAUUUCCGUAGCAUCAAGCUUGCUACUGAUCUUUUCCAUAUGAAGAUAAAGAAAAAUUUUCUAGCUGCUUUAUAACACUUCUUUUGAAUCAAAAACCUCUCAGCUGGGAAAUGGAACGUUAAAAUUUCUGUUAAAGGCUGUAUUUUUUAAGAAAUCUCUCCUAGGAUAUUCUAAGCUUUCCCAUCAAACGCCUUCCCCCACCCCCUUUUAUUUUUGUUAGCUUCAGGCAAACGUGUGUUGGGGGAUUUUCUUUUAAAUAAUCUUAAGUAAGUAUUCUGAUAUAUACAAUAUAUAUUCUGAUAUAUACAAUAUAUAUUGUACCAACUGAGCACUAAACAAGUACUGAUGCCCGUGACAGCUUAGGACUUGAAAUCAAAGUUAGAACUAUUCAAGUUUAGUUUCUUUCAUUCUUAAUCUGCUACAAACUAUGAUUUUGUCAGAAGAGAUGCUUUAUAUGCUCACAGGUGGGACACGAGUUUAUAUUCCAGCUUACUCAGAAACUUAUUCUUGUUUGCACGGUUCUUCUUAGGUUCUGGAGUGUAACUUUUUGUUUCUCAGUUCCAUUACAAGCAGUUCAUAGAGGCACUGAGAGCAGUAGCAGCAGUUCUAUUUUAAAGAGGUUCCCUUCUUCUGUGGGUUUGAAAGGGAAAUGGCUGGAGGCUUUCCCCCAGUGUUGGCUUCUCGGAAGUCCACCCUCUAUUUCCAGCACAGAGUCAUGCUGUUCAGUUUGAAAUUUAUCUUGCAUUUUUUUUCUUUUCAGUAUUACAACAGCAGCUGUUUGGUUGAGAAAUAUAUGAACUACAAAAAGAACAGGCACAUCAUGUGGUGAUUUCUACCCCUUAGGCACAAUAAUUCUUACAAACAGAAGGUUCUCCUCCUUCCCUCCAUACUGUCACUUCUCCUUGAAGAAUGUUUCCUUCAGACUAGAAACACACAUAUAGAUUGUAUGGAUUUAGUUAUAAAUAAUUUUAACCUUCUGUUUUCUAACUUAACAUUAAUCUGUAUUCCUGCUUGUGUUCCUCACUCAGAAAAUGGUUACAUGCAAAGCAAGUUUUAAAACCCUCUUUGCAAAGUUAAGAGACCAACAGUGGUGCCAGUUACUGUAAAUGACCGUCCUGGGAGCCACGCUGUCCAGUUUUAGAGCGGUGAGUGUUCUCACAUGGCAAAGCCUUCAAGGGCUGAUCCAGUCAGUCAACAAGCUGUGACUGAGAUUAAAUGCCAGUGGGUACUUCACAUGUCUGUAUCUCUUCAGAAGAAAACAGAACAAAAUAUACAGGUAAAGGAAGGUGUUCCCAGGAGGCCUGUACCCACAGAAUGCACAAAUAGGUAACUUUUUUAAACAGAAAAAAAAAAAAAGGAAACCCCUUAACAGGGUUAUAUACAUGUUGCAGCAUAGAGAUCAAACACCUGAUUCCAGUGUAUUGUAAUGCCUAGCUCACUAAAUAUUAUUCAGCAUUGAAAAGGUGCUGUAUCUUCAUUAGAAGCUAGAACUCAAGUUCAGUAUUUAAGAAGCUGCUUCUUCACAGGCCAACUAAAACUCUUCAUAGUGGCUAUUGGCUGAGCAGUAGUUGGUACCAGGGGGGCCCACUGUUUCCCAGGAUGUUAAACCCUGAAAGAAACCGUAAGACUAAAGGCUGGAGGCAGUCAUACUUUAACCAGAAAAGCUGAAAGUCCACCUACCUUCUUCCUGCCUCUCCAGGUGGUGUAACUUCUUUUCCUUUAGGACUGUAGAUACCUACACCAUUUCCUCUGACAUUUUGGAUAUAAAAAUUACAUUAGCAGACAUUCUUCUCUGUAUCCUAAGUUUAAAAAUAAACCAGAAGAGUUCAAGCUUCUCCUUUCCUUUUACUUUGCUUUCCUUUUACUUUGCAUUCUACUCAACUGGAAUUUAUUCUCCGUCUAGAAAGUCAGUUCUGCUUAUCAGAAGAGUUUUGGUGGUGGUGGGUUUUUUUUGCCUUUUUCUAACAAAAUACAAAUAAUUUAUUGUCACUUAGUCUGUCAGCGGUAAAAGCUAUCCAGAAAUAUAGUCAAUGCCUUCAGUUUCUGUUACAGAAAGUUUUCCAUUCUGGAGUUCUUUGUCCUCCUGCUGUGAGUCUUUGUGCAUUUGGACACUUGGGUAGGUGGACUACAGUUCUAUUUUGCUACAGUUAUAGAAGCUUCCUGGGCGGAAGAUGAAGGAAUUUUGUUAAUAGGGACAGUUAUGCAUUUCUUUAUUUCAUACACAGUGGUCGAAAUCAGAUACUAACUGCUGGGCAGGUGGGGUGAUGUUUCUAUUCUUUGUGGAAUACUUCAUGCUCCACUAUCAAAAGCACAGCUGAUGUCACUUUGCUUAAGAAAGACCUCAGAAUUAAGUAAUAUUCAAUAUUAAUUUGUCAAACACUUCAAGGAAACCAACCUUUAUCAUGCAGGAGAUCAUGGAGAUGUGCCCAGACAUGCAUUUCUGCAGUGAGAGUUGGCCACAGCUGUUCUUACUUCCCCUGUACUAUCCCCUGUAUUUGUGAUUUUGAAUGUAGUAGUACCAGAGCUAUUGCACUACUUUAGUGCCAUUUGCUACUCAAAGACAAACACUCCAAAUAAUAAAUCCUGUAAAAAAAGAAAUCAUGAGUCUUUUAAUAAUGGGCAAAUAUUUCGUAUUUUAAAUAUGCUACCAUAGAGGUAAGUUCUAUUACAGAAUUAGUAUUAUCAUGUGUUUGGGGAGAAUUCUUUGUUGCAAAACAGUGCUGUAAAAUAAAACACUGCAUGUGCUCAUCUAA